AUGGCUCUCCCACGGGGCAGGACCACAUACAAGAAGAAGGACGGCAUCCUGACCUUGACCGAUGACCGCGCCGCGCUGAUCUGGACGCCGAUGCCCGCCACAGGCCCGCCCACCGUGUCCUUGGCCGUGGAGAACAUAUCGAACCUCCAGCAGACGCCGGACGGCGCGCCCAAGGUCAUCCUGCGCGUCAUUGAGAAACCCCGGGCAAGCGCGGGGGAAGGCGCCGCGCCGUCCAAUUUCUUGUUCCAAUUCACGUCCCCGACAGAUGCCCGCGCCGAGGCUAAUGCUGUCCGCGACUUGUUGUCCCAGCUAUUAGCCCAUGCCCGCGAGAACGACCCGAGCGUGCCCAAGCCCACCCGGGCCGCGGGAAGCAAUGGUACCGAUGGCGGUGGCCCCAGUGCGGAUGCUGCCGGGUCGUCGGCGGCCAUGUCCUUUGCCAACACCGUAAACGCCAAAGCGGCACCCCCCAAAUGGUUUGACGACGAGGUGCUCAAGACAGACACCGAGUUGCAAAAGUCGCUGCUGGAGAAGGAUAAGAAGCUGGCCCAGACGUACAAAGAUGCCUUCGACCUGCGGCCGGACUCCAUUGUCGAGGCGGUGUUUCAGGCCCGGUUCUGGUCGACCCGUGUCGGCCUGCUACGGGCUCAUGCCAUUGAGUUAAACCAGAAAAAGGGCGCCUACAACGUGCUCUCCACAAUCAAGCCCCGUACCGAGGACGGCCAGUUCAAGCUCAGCCUGACGUCGGAGCAGAUCUCCAUGAUCCUCCAGCAGCACCCACUUGUGCGGCGGCUCUAUAACGAGAACGUGCCCAAGUUGUCCGAGAGCGAGUUCUGGUCUCGCUUCUUCCUCAGCAAGCUGUCGAAGAAGCUUCGCGGCGAGCGCAUGACGGAGAACGACAACCCGGACGCACUAUUCGACCGGUACCUCAACGCCGACAACACGUUUGGCUUCUCUAGCAAGAUCACGGCAGCUCAAAAGGUGCCACACGUCAUCGACCUGGAGGCCAACGAGGAAAAUCAGGGCGGCUUCAAGAGCGGCAACCGCAAGGACGUCGAGAUGCGGCCGCGGGGUAACAUCCCCAUCAUCAAGACGCUCAACAGCCUUAGCGAGAAGAUCAUGGCCAACGUGGCCCCGUCUGAUCUGGACCCGGCCGCAGGCAUUAGUGCUACGGGCGCCGCCGACGGCCUGGCCGACGAAACACGAACCUUUGACGAGCUCACGCUGCGCGACCUCCGCGGCGACACUGAGGCGGCUCGCGUCAUGCUGAACGUCAAGGAACAAAACAAGUUUUUCUCUAAUCACGAGGGGCAGUCAGAUGAGGCCAGGAUCUACGAGAAACAGGUUCCCUCUGAAGUCCUGUUCGAAGUCCACGCCGACCUCGAGACAUUCGAGGACGACGGCGCUGGCGGAAUAGAUCUCCGCCGGGCCAUUGGCGUGGACGACGACAGCGAAAGCGACCUUGAUGGGACAACAAAAAAGCCGAGCCACGUCGGUGCCCGCAGUGCGCGACGCCAGGCACAAACCCAAAUCCUCGACGGCAUGCGCAAGAAACGCACCGAAACCGCCGGCAUCAGCAUCAGCGCCGGCAUCGGCAGCGAAGACGCCGACGCCUCGCCCAUGAGCAUCCCGCCCGAAAUCACCCAGCGAUGUACCCUGACCAACGCCACGACCACCGAAUUCCUGCGCCAAUUCUGGUCCGCUUUUCUCUCGGGUGACCCGGCGCGCACGCACGAACUCGCCUACUACGCUGAGUCCCUCCGGCGGUCGGCGGAUCGUAUCGAUUCGCUGGCGGCCGAGGCUGAAGUCGUGCGGCAGAAGGUGAUCGAGCGUCGCAAGGCCGAGAUCCGCGAGCACUAUGAACGGACGCGUAAAAAGCUCCGGUGGCAGCCGCCCAAAGGUGGCAAGGAUUCAGUUUUGGCGCUGUUUGAGCCGACGCUGACUGGUGUGAAUGGCGCGUUGGAAAUGUAUGUGGCUGCGCUGGGGGAGGAGAAGGGGAGGGCGUAA